AUGCCCCCUUCCCCCCCCCGCCAGUACCAGGACAGCGACAACAAAAGGGUCCUGGAUUUGUUCACAAGGGGCAUGGAGGAGCACAUUCCCGCCACCUUCUGCCACGUGCUGACGCUGCCCCGAACCAUUCUGCUCUUACUUGGGUUGCCGCUUGCCAUGGUCCUGGUGUCUGGCUCCUGGCUGCUAGCGACUGUGUGCAUCUUCUCUCUGCUCCUAGUGCUGCGGCUCCUUGCCAGGCAGCCCUGGAAGGAGUAUGUGGCCAAGUGUUUGUAAACAGACAUGGCUGACAUCACCAAGUCCUACCUGAGUGUGUGUGGCUCAGGUUUCUGGGUGGCUGAGUCUGGGAACCAGGUGGUGGGCAUAGUGGGUGGUCUACCAAUCAAGGAUCCCCCAGUAGGGAGGAAGCAGCUGGAGCUCUUUCGUCUGUCUGUGUCCUCACAGCAUCGAGGACAGGGAAUAGCGAAAGCACUGGUCAGAACUGUCCUCCAGUUUGCACGGGACCAGGGCUACAGUGAUGUUGUCCUUGAGACCAGCGUCUUGCAGCGAAGUGCUGAGGCCCUCUACCUGAGCAUGGGCUUCUGGAGGACAGGCCAGUACUUCAUGAGUGUGUUCUGGAGGUUAGUGGAUAUUCCUGUAAUUCAAUUAAAGUAUUCUUUCCCUUCUGCCUAGGAAGUGGGGCUGGGACCUACGCUCCUGUGCAGCUGUUGGCCCCUCUCCACUCACAGGAACCAGUGAACCCUGUCAUGUCAGUGUGGUGACCAAUAAAAGCUCCUUGCUGAUGCACACCAGAGCCUAAUGCAUGUGAUGUUGGGGUGAGGGGAGGUCAUGGAGGAGGGGCGUUCUGAUACACUCUGGGUUUCUGGGGUGCCUGUGAUUUAUUUACUGAAGCCAACAUUACUGUUGAAUUAACUACUGCACAUAUUUCACUUUGAGUUUGGGGACUAGAAGUUUCUACUGGAGGGGGCAGCUCACCUAGCCCCAGGGCACAUGCAGUGCCAUCUAGAUGUCUGAAGUGCCAGCUCUCUGUGUGCUGUCCUGGUCCACAGGCCAGCUGAGCAAGGUUCAAGAGCUUUGAAGAGCAGCCAAAGUUCAGUCAAGGAAGAAACAAACACAGGCGUUCCGAGCACUGUGGGUGGUCCCUGCAGAACAUGC